CCUCCGUCACACCUUCUUACCACCAGAUCAGGUUACGGAAUCAAAUGGGCAUUGAUUUCUAGAUUCAAAUUGAAGAACCACGAUGUCUUAGUUAUUUCCGGGUAGAGUGAACUUUGCUAUGCUGAUUCGUGGGAUCAGUAAUAGGUUUAGGAGAUUUAAGAUGAUUUCUGAACUGCAUUAUGUGGUAUGCUCACCAACUGUUUGUAAAAAUGCUUGUACUGGAAAUGGAUUAUCUUUGCUACCAGUCAAAAGCCGGAGCUUUUGCAUAUCAGAACCUACUAUUCGGUUACAAACUGGUGUUGUUUAUGCACAUCAGUCACAAGCUAGUGUUAGUGGUAAUCGAAUUUCACGGGUAGUGAGAACAGAGGCACAAACUGCACUUUUCGAUUAUUUGCAUUUUACCAGAGGUUUCCAUUUCACUGAUGCAGAGUACAUUAGCAAGAACUCUCCCCAUUUUGUUCAAAAUUUGUUGUCCGUGGUUGAUGAAGAAGAAGAUGUAUCACGAGCUUUGUCGAAGUACUUUCGCUACAAUCCCAUCAAUGAGUUUGAACCUUUCUUAGAGAGUAUGGGUCUGAAUCCUUCAGAAUUCCCAUCAUUACUUCCCAAAUCAUUGAUAUUUUUGGGAGAUGAUUCUCUUUUACUUGAUAAUUUCCAUGUUCUUUGUGGUUAUGGGUUUCCUAGAAUUAAGAUGGGCAAGAUGUAUAAGGAAGCAAAGGAGAUAUUUGGAUAUGACCAUGGAGUAUUAUCUUCUAAACUUAAGGUGUAUGAGCAAUUAGGACUGAAUAAAUCAACAAUAGUUAAACUGGUAACAUGCUGCCCUUUACUCUUGAUCGGACCUAUUGAUAGUAAGUUUCUUGCGGUUCUUGAUAAACUGAAACAAUUUGGGUUUGGAAACGAAUGGAUUGGUAGUUAUCUAUCUGAGAAAACCACUUUGAACUGGGACAGAAUGUUAGAUACUAUGAGUUUUCUUGUACAAGUAGGAUAUGAUGAUAAACAGAUGGAAGUUCUGUUCACGGAUAACCCUGCACUACUGUUUGACGGUUCAGGGAAACAGAUAUACGUGUUGGUUGGUCAGUUAUUGAAACUAGGGUUUAAAAUGAACCAAAUCUUUGACCUUUUCUUGAAAAAUCCCCAAAUUCUAUCAUCAAAGUGUGCAAAGAAUCUUUGGACAGCAGUUUGUUUCUUGUUUGAGAUAGGAAUGGAAACAGAGAGAAUUGCUAGCAUAGUUGCUACCCAUAUGGAAGUUCUUGGUUCUAAUUCUCUAAAAGGUCCAAUUACCGUUAUGAACAGUUUAAAAAUACAACAAGAUGAUUUACGUCUAGCUAUACAGAAAGAUCCUCUGAAGUUAAUCAAUUUGGCUACUAAGUCAGAUCCCAAAACAAUCGAGCAUCAAGAUUCUAAUACGUUCGUGGAAAGAAGAAACUUUUUGUUGAGAUUGGGUUAUAUUGAAAACUCUGAUGAGUUAGCAAAAGCCCUGAAAAAGUUCCGUGGCAGAGGAGACCAACUUCAAGAAAGAUUUGAUUGCUUAGUGGAAUCCGGGCUUGAUUACAACGUGGUUUCAAGUAUGAUCAAGCGAGCUCCUUCGGUGCUUAACCAGACAAAAGAUCUUCUUGAAAAAAAGAUCGAUUGUUUGCAAAACCGAUUAGGUUAUCCAUUGGAAGCAGUCAUAGCAUUUCCAUCAUAUCUAUGUUACGAUAUCCAGAGAAUCAAUCUCAGAUUUUCGAUGUACUUAUGGCUACUAGAGAGAGGUGCAGCAAAGCCCAAGCUAUCAUUGAGCACCAUUCUGGCAUGUUCAGAUGUAAGGUUUGUGAAAUAUUUUGUUGAUGUUCAUCCUGAAGGUGUUUCCACAUGGGAAAGUCUGAAAAAUUCAUUAAAUUCAAGAUAAUUUAUGAAGACCUCUUUCUAUUUACAUUAUUCAUCCAGGUACAAUCCAACUAUAUUUGCUUAUUUUCUCUUAGAUUAUUGUACAAUUUUUCCCUUUACUUCAUUUCCCUUUGCCUAGCUACACAUGUCCAAAUGGUAACCUAGAUUUCCUUAAUUCAAAUUUCUACACUUUGUGUAUUCAUUUAAGGGUGCUGCCUGCAUUUUAUUCUAGACCCUCUGUUAGACA